AUGGUGCUCGAAGUUUCAGGCAAUCCCGCGACCGCAAGACCCACUCUCGAAAGCGAGUGGGAAGACUCCUAUUCCGCUAUUGCGGCUGCAUUGCAAAAUGGUGCCGAGCUUCACCCAGGAGAUAUCCAGCGGCGCGAACUGGUGAUCACUCUGCUUCGGGCAGCUAAAGCCUAUAAUUUGGCCAACGCCUGGGCAGGGCUUCACGUUGUCGAGCCCAAGUGGACCGACGAUGAGCUAAAACGUAUGGCUGUCUUCCCCGACAUGGCCAUUGAGCGCAUCAAGGAGCCCUACUUGGAAGUGCUUGACUGCUUUGUCAUCUCUAAAAGCCUCGAGCAGCAUGAGAUCAAGCACCUGCACUUCCUGGCGAAGGAUGUUGAAGACAGUCAAUCCUCUAACCGUGAUCGAUCGUCCCACGGUCGGCAAACGCCAAACAGCUUCAACCCUGCUGAUGUUCCUCGGUAUGAUGACACAGUAAAUCAAGCUCAGUACAAUGUCCCCGCAAGCCCUUCCCACAUCCUCCGCGAACUGUAUGAGACCUUGCCAGAGACCGGUGUGACGGAGGCCGGCGCUAUCGAAGCUCAAACCAUCGGUCCCCAAGCUCUGGCCAGUCUCGCGAAGGCUUCGACCCUUGAGGAGGCUCUCCUCAUGCCAGACCUCAGCCCCUUCGGUUCGGUUCUUCGCCUAUACGCCCAAGACCUCCUAGCAGCCACGGAGAUCUACACAUACCACGCCGACCUUUAUACUGCGGGCUACCGUGCGGCAGCUCGGCAUUGUCGACCGCGAGCCCUUCCCAUCAUGGAGGACUUUGAAUCGGACAAGCAUUUGUCAUUGUUAUUUCAGUCCCUUCUCCGAGUCGUGCUCAGAGCCACGCUGAACUACCGUAAGCGUCUGGAGAAGUUCCGUGGCUAUUUCUCUUCUUCCCAGUCCUGCGAAGGAGUUGAGUGA